AUGCCGCGGCUCAAGUACGCGUCAGCGCUGCGGGCGCUGGUUGUGCUGGGUCUGCUGUGCCUCUGGGUGCAGAUCAUGCUGUCCGUCUCCAACGGGGCCGUGGACCGGGACGCCGAAUCACAGAACGCCUCGAAUAGUACUAACACGGAUACGCCGAUAGCAGAGGAGCUGAUGAACUCCAACGACACGUCGGAGCAGGUGCUGGCUCUGGUGCCGCCCGAGCUCCAUAAAUACCUGACGGUGCACAGCAAGAACUCCACAGCCAACGUGACGGAGCGCGCCAGCCCCAGGAACGUGACGGACAUACGGCGCGCCGUCGAGCGCUCGAACGCCGCCCAGGUCAUCCACAACGAGGAGCUGUUCGGGCCCGUCCAGAACGACACCGUCAUCAUCGCGAUCCAGGUGAGUUCGGACGAUCAGAAC